AUGCCGACCACCGAGCUCGAGGGCGUCGCGCACGAGGUGUUGCCGAAACGAGAACCGCGAGCGAAGCGACGACGGCGGGACGGGAGCGAUGGAGCGGAGACGCGGACGACGUCCGAACGCGAUGGUGGAGACGAGGGCGAGAGCGGAGGGGCGCGGGCGGAUGCGAGGGAGGGAUUCGAGCCGAUCGCGCGCGUGACGCGGUACGCGCCGGAACGCGAAGACGGAGGUCCCGAGGCGGAGACGCGCGCCGAGGAGAGCGAAGAUGAGAUCAGAGCGAGACGAGGAGUGAAGUACGAGUACAAGGAUCACACGGCGGACAUACAGAUUCACGCGUGGGGGGAUGAUCUCGCCGAGGCGUACGCGUGGGCGGCGCUCGGAAUGUUCGAUUACAUGACGCCGCUCGAGGACUGCGUCGGGGCGCCACAGAUGAGGUACAGGGAGAUACGAGCGAGCGGACACGACUUGGACACACUUCUAUUCGCGUUCUUGGACGAAUUGUUGUUCACGUUUCACACCGAGAUGUUAAUCUGCACCGCAGUGCAGGUGUGCGAGUUUAACCGGGACGCGUGGACGAUUCGCGCCGUCGUCGGUGGGACGACGUUCGUGGACGGACAAACGCGUCAAGGGACGGAGAUUAAGGCCAUCACGUACAGCGCUAUGAAAAUAAUAGAGCGCGAGACAUCUACUGACGCGGAGGGUCAUCGCGCGGAGUUAUUCGUGAUUGUCGAUAUUUGA